AUGACAACAUACAUGUUUCCAUAUUAUGUUCCUCAAACCAAUCAAUCUAUGUAUAAUUUUAUACAACUGAAGAGAGAAAGGCCAGUAAGCAAUUUUCAAACUUCUCCUAGAGCAAGUAUAAAGAGAACUUGUACAAAUGCAUAUGCUCAGUUCAUUUCUAUUUUAAAAUCUCAUCUAGUUCAGCCUAAUGCUGCUUGUCAAGCAGCUACAUCUCUUUGCAUGAAUGCAGUUAUAACUCUACUUAUCAACAAUUUUAAACGCAGAAUGGCUGUUCGAAGAACAUGGAUGCAGUAUGGUCCUGUGAGGUCUGGAACGAUUGCAGUUCGUUUUUUUGUUGGUCUGCAUAAAAACCAGGUGGUGAAUGAGGAGCUAUGGAAUGAGGCGAAAACUUAUGGUGACAUCCAACUGAUGCCAUUUGUUGACUACUAUAGCCUUAUCACAUGGAAGACUCUAGCUAUAUGUGUAUUUGGGACACAGGUAGUUUCAGCAAAAUUUGUCAUGAAGACAGACGAUGAUGCAUUUGUUCGGGUGGAUGAAAUUUUGGCCUCCUUGAAUAGGAUUAAUGUGAGCUGUGGUUUGCUUUAUGGGCUCAUUAAUUCUGAUUCACAUCCUCAUCGAAGUCCUGAUAGCAAGUGGUACAUUAGUCCUGAAGAAUGGCCAGAUGACUCCUAUCCUCCUUGGGCACAUGGUCCUGGAUAUGUUGUAUCAAAUGAUAUAGCACAGGCAAUCUACAAGAGAUACAGAAAAGGCCAACUUAAGAUGUUCAAGCUAGAGGAUGUGGCUAUGGGAAUUUGGAUUUCAGAUAUGAAGAAGCAAGGUUUGGAAGUAAAAUAUGAGACAGAUGAGAGGAUCUUCAAUGUGGGAUGCAGAGAUGGCUAUGUAAUUGCCCACUAUCAAGGUCCUCGAGAAAUGCUUUGUCUUUGGCAGAAGCUUCGGGAGGCAAAACGUGCCAACUGCUGUGGCGAUUAG